CCUGAAUUCGUAUAUCGAUUGCGGCAUAUAUUCCACGUCAAGCGCUUGCAGUCCGAAGAUUUUUUAUUUUAAUUUGUUUGAGUUGAGCGCAAUACAUUAAAAAUGGUGAGCUUGCUACAGGAAAUCGACACAGAACAUGAGGAUAUGGUUCACCAUGCGGCGCUUGACUUCUAUGGACAGCUGCUGGCUACCUGUUCGUCAGACGGAAGCAUCCGAAUCUUCAACUCCCGUAAAAACAACAAGGUUCUCACUGAACUGAAGGGACACCAGGGUCCUGUGUGGCAAGUAGCAUGGGCACAUCCAAAGUUUGGCAGCAUCUUAGCAUCGUGCUCCUAUGAUCGCAAAGUAAUUAUUUGGAAGUCAACUACACCCAGAGAUUGGGCUAAACUAUACGAGUACAGCAAUCAUGACUCCUCGGUCAAUUCCGUGGACUUUGCGCCUCCAGAAUAUGGUUUAGUUCUUGCUUGUGCCAGCUCGGAUGGUUCGAUUUCAGUGCUCACCUGCAACACGGAGUACGGUAGUUGGGAUGCCAAGAAGAUACCCAAUGCUCAUACAAUUGGAGUUAAUGCUAUUUCUUGGUGCCCGGCACAGGCACCCGAUCCUGCCUUUGAUCAGCGAGUCACUUCGCGCAAUACCGCCGUAAAACGUUUGGUCAGCGGAGGGUGCGAUAAUCUCGUUAAGGUGUGGCGUGAAGAUAAUGAUCGCUGGGUUGAUGAGCACCAUCUCGAAGCACAUUCCGAUUGGGUGCGCGAUGUUGCUUGGGCUCCAUCGAUUGGCUUGCCCCGCAUGCAGAUCGCCUCGGCCUCACAGGACCGUCACGUUAUCAUUUGGAACAGUAAUGCUGAUUUGAGCCAAUGGACACCAACCGUGUUGCACACAUUCGACGAUGCCGUGUGGAGCAUUUCCUGGUCCACCACAGGCAACGUGCUGGCUGUCACUGGAGGUGACAACAAUGUCUCACUGUGGAAAGAGAACAGUGAGGGUCAAUGGAUACGUAUUAACUAUGAAUCGGGCACUGCCACCCAAUCGAAGCAGUCGCAUCAUCUGCGCAAUCCCCAGCAGCAACCGCAACAGCAACCGCCAUCAAACAAGCCAGUUAUGUCGGACUCUGAGCGCAGCUCGAACUUAUCCAAUUCGAACUUGUCACAUUCGCAGAUGUCAAACUAGAUAUAUUUUAUAGAUCGUGUGAAUGGCCUAAUUACAAAUAUUGAAAAUGUUGGUCAUUAAAUCUAACAAAUUAAAAAUAUAUAUAUAAUAUAAAGUUAAUGUUCCGCUUUCAUUAAUUAGCGAGCGGAACUCUGCGUAGCGCAAUUUCGCAAAUUUCAGCAUUAUUAGCUCCUAAUGGCUUUUAUUCGAGUAAUUCGCAAUAAGUUCGUCUAUAUGUUUUCCCUCUCCCCGAGCCUAAUGACUAGCUUUGCGUCCAAAGAGGACGCCCCAAUUGCCAUAUUCCUGAUGUUCCUGCCGUUUCAGUUAAUUUCAUUUUAUUCAUAAGGAAGGAAGUUACGCAUUUCGCAUAAAUUUGCAACACGUGCCGCCCUACUAUGGAACCAAACAGAGCAGGAAAACUAAUUUGCCAUAUAUAGUAUAUAUUUGUGUAUGCAUUAGCAAGUUUUAAUAGAAUCAGUUUACAAUAUGGCGUGUUGAAGCCAAAAUAUAAUUGAAAUAACAAAUUAA